AUGUCUGCUAACUCUAUCUCGAGCGCCAAUAGUUCCAGGUUUAUUCUCACAGGUUUUCCUGGCCUGGAGGCUGACUAUACGUGGCUCUCCAUUCCCUUCUCCUCCAUCUAUGCCAUGGUUUUUCUGGGAAACUGCAUGGUGCUUCAUGUGAUCCGGACUGAAUCGAGCCUGCACCAGCCCAUGUUCUACUUCCUGGCCAUGCUAUCCAUCACUGACAUGUGCAUGGGGUUGUCUACCAUGUGCACAGUGCUGGGGAUACUGUGGGGGUUCGUUCAACACAUCAGCCUGGAUAUUUGCAUCGUCCAGUCCUAUUUCAUCCAUGGUCUGUCCUUCAUGGAGUCUUCUGUCCUCCUUGCGAUGGCUUUUGACCGCUACAUUGCUAUUUGCAACCCACUACGAUAUUCCUCCAUUUUAACUAACGACAAGAUUAUCAGAAUUGGAGUGGCCAUCUUCUGCAGGAGUACUCUACUCAUACCACCAGUCAUUAUCCGCCUCAAGUUCUUGACUUAUUGUCGUCCCCACAUCCUUUCUCACUCUUUCUGCCUACACCAAGACUUAAUUCGAAUGGCCUGCUCAGACAUCCGCUUCAAUUACAUCUAUGGUUUGUUCCUGGUGAUCAGCAACCUGUUACUGGAUGCAGUGCUUAUACUUAUCUCCUAUAUCAUGAUCUUGCAUGCAGUCUUCGCUAUUGCAUCACGGGAGGAGAGAGCCAAGUUAUUGCAAACCUGUGUGUCUCACAUCUGUGCUGUUAUGGUUUUCUACAUCCCAAUCAUUGGUCUGACUAUGGUACAUCGCUUUGGGAAACACCUCUCACCACUGGUUCAUGUCCUCAUGGGCAAUGUUUAUAUCCUUUUCCCUCCUUUGAUGAACCCCAUCAUUUAUAGCAUUAAGACCCAGCAAAUACGAAGAAGAAUACAGAGACUGUUCUGUGUGAAAAGAAUUUAAGUCUUGAGAGCACAAGCUAAUUCAUUUUAAAAUUCAACCAGUGAAACUCAAAAGGGUAAGAGUCAGUAAUUAUUUAAAA